GUUACUUCCGCCUUGAUUUCAAUUAGGAGAUUGAUCAACUAUACCUUUGUGCGUGGAUUUCCAUAAACAGGUCGCUCAAGGUUUCACAGUCCGUUCGCCUGUAAAGCGCCUUGAUUCGCCCGAACCCAGCGUCUAUUAUGCACCUGGCAUGACCUGCUUCCUGCAUCAAAUAGCGUAUCUCCUCGUUAAGGCCGAUCAUUGUCCUCCAGCAGAAGUACGCUAGCAGGUAAUGAAAUGGAGAUACCUGGAAAGAUACUUCAAUCGACUGUAUCUGCCAUCGACGAGAAGUGCUGCAAGCCCUGCUAUGAGGAUAGGGAAUUCAUCCAAGCUGAGGCCUACUGUACUUCCUGCAAGAAAGGGCUCUGUGCUACCUGUGUUAUUGCACACAGGAAACAAAUGAGGUCUCAUCGCAUUUUCGACAAGAUAUAUGACGAAGAGAGCUAUGAACCAUGUGAGAGACAUCCAAAAGAGGUCAUCAAAUAUUAUUGUCCAGAGCACGAUUCGCCCAUUUGUGGACAUUGCUCAGUCUUGGAACAUGGCUCAUGCAAAGUAGAGAUAAUAUCUGAGAUGUGCAAGUCUGAUUAUGAAAGUAUAAACGACGACAAUGCCGAUCUACUUACAAACAGUGAUGGAUCUGCGUACAAAAUUGAAAACAACAUUGACUUAUUAACAGAAAAGGACACAACUGAGGAGCUGCUUGCGUCCGAAAUCGAACUUGGUACUAUGAAUGAAAAACAUGUAGUCCCAGGGAAAGAACAACUAUUCGGUAAUGACAUAGAGGUACCUGGAAAGAAGCUUCAAUCGACUGAAUCUGCCAUCGACGAGAAUGCCGAUCUUCUAACAAACAGUGAUGGAUCUGCGUCUAAAAUUGAAAGCAACAUGUAUUUAUUAACAGAAAAGGACACUACUGAGGAGCUGCUUGCCUCCGAAAUCGACCUUAGUACAAUGAAGGAAAAACAUGUAGUCUCAAGUAAUGAAAUGGAGGUACCUGGAAAGAUGCUUCAAUCGACUGAAUCUGCCAUCGACGAGAAUGCCGACCUACUUACAAACAGUGAUGGAUCUGCGUCCAAAAUUGAAAACAGCAUUGGCUUAUUAACAGAAAAGGACACAACUGAGGAGCUGCUUGCGUCCGAAAUCGACCUUGGUACAAUUAAGGAAAAACAUGUAGUCCCAAGGAAAAAACAACUAUUCGGUAAUGAAAUGGAGAUACCUGGAAAGAUGCUUCAAUCGACUGAAUCUGCCAUCGACGAGAAGUGCUGCAAGCCCUGCUAUGAGGAUAGGGAAUCCAUCCAAGCUGAUGCCUACUGUACUUCCUGCAAGAAAGAGCUGUGUGCUACCUGUGUUAUUGCACACAGGAAACAAAUGAGGUCUCAUCGCAUUUUCGCCAAGAUAUAUGACGAAGAGAGCUAUGAACCAUGUGAGAGACAUCCAAAAGAGUUCAUCAAAUAUUAUUGUCCAAAGCACGAUUCGCCCAUUUGUGGACAUUGCUUAGUCUUGGAACAUGGCUCAUGCAAAGUAGAGAUAAUAUCUGAGAUGUGCAAGUCUGAUUAUGAAAGUAUAAACGACGACAAUGCCGAUCUACUUACAAACAGUGAUGGAUCUGCGUACAAAAUUGAAAACAACAUUGACUUAUUAACAGAAAAGGACACAACUGAGGAGCUGCUUGCGUCCGAAAUCAACCUUGGUACAAUGAAGGAAAAACAUGUAGUCCCAGGGAAAGAACAACUAUUCGGUAAUGACAUAGAGGUACCUGGAAAGAAGCUUCAAUUGACUGAAUCUGCCAUCGACGAGAAUGCCGAUCUACUUACAAACAGUGAUGGAUCUGCGUCUAAAAUUAAAAGCAACAUGUACUUAUUAACAGAAAAGGACACUACUGAGGAGCUGCUUGCCUCCGAAAUCGACCUUAGUACAAUGAAGGAAAAACAUGUAGUCUCAAGGAAAAAACAACUAUUCGGUAAUGAAAUGGAGGUACCUGGAAAGAUGCUUCAAUCGACUGAAUCUGCCAUCGACGAGAAUGCCGAUCUACUUACAAACAGUGAUGGAUCUGCGUCCAAAAUUGAAAACAGCAUUGACUUAUUAACAGAAAAGGACACAAUUGAGGAGCUGCUUGCGUCCGAAAUCGACCUUAGUACAAUUAAGGAAAAACAUGUAGUCCCAAGGAAAAAACAACUAUUCGGUAAUGAAAUGGAGAUACCUGGAAAGAUGCUUCAAUCGACUGAAUCUGCCAUAGACGAGAAGUGCUGCAAGCCCUGCUAUGAGGAUGGGGAAUCCGUCCAAGCUGAGGCCUACUGUACUUCCUGCAAGAAAGGGCUGUGUGCUACCUGUGUUAUUGCACACAGGAAACAAAUGAGGUCCCAUCGCAUUUUCGCCAAGAUAUAUGACGAAGAGAACUAUGAACCAUGUGAGAGACAUCCAAAAGAGUUCAUCAAAUAUUAUUGUCCAAAGCACGAUUCGCGCAUUUGUGGACAUUGCUCAGUCUUGGAACAUGGCUCAUGCAAAGUAGAGAUAAUAUCUGAGAUGUGCAAGUCUGAUUAUGAAAGCAUAAACGACGACAAUGCCGAUCUACUUACAAACAGUUAUGGAUCUGCGUCCAAAAUUGAAAACAAAAUUGAUUUAUUAACGGAAAAGGACACAUCUGAGGAGCUGCUUGCGUCCGAAAUCAACCUUGGUACAAUGAAGGAAAAACAUGAAGUCCCAGGGAAAGAACAACUAUUCGAUAAGGACAUGGAGGUACCUGGAAAGAAUCUUCAAUCGACUGAAUCUGCCAUCGACGAGAAUGCCGAUCUACUUACAAACAGUGAUGGGUCUACGUCCAAAAUUGAAAGCAACAUGUACUUAUUAACAGAAAAGGACACAACUGAGGAGCUGCUUGCGUCCGAAAUCGACCUUAGUACAAUGAAGGAAAGACAUGUAGUCCCAAGGAAAAAACAACUAUUCGGUAUGCUUACGAUAUAUUUUGAAACCUAAACAAGUUAAGGGCCUUCUACAGUGCAAAGCUUAGUCUAAAAAACCGAAACACAUUAUCUUUUCAGUUUUGAAGUUUAAUAUGUAUCAAGCAAAAUAGAUACAAUUUAAAAACCUGUGUUGGUUAAAAGCAUAGCUUUUUGUGUCAAGAUAUUAAAUACUACCCAAUUAAAAUGAUUUCAUGGCUUUGGGUUUAUUGCUUUAUUUGUAAAUGGACAUUUUGAUACCAUUUCAUUAUCUUUUACUAUUUAUUAGGGAUGGCAACGAGUACCCGAGUACUCGUGUACUCGAUCGAACGUCCGAGUACUCGAGUACCAAAUCACUACUCGAGUACUCGAAAAAAAUCUAUAAAUAUCACAAAAUACACGAUUUACAGAUAAAAUAUCAGAUCUGGUUAGUUGCCAAGAGGACAAUUUACGGUCCCUCUAAUCCCCGCUGUGUACACAAUUGUCCUCAAUAAAUUAGUUGACAGUUAACAGUGAUAGUUGCAAACUGUCAACAAAGGACCCCUAUUUUAAAUUAACACUGAUGUCAAUUAGCGAAGUAUUGAUAGCGGUACUUUCACCUACAAAAUUUUAAAGCAUACCAAAUAGAGACCUUUCACCAAACAAUAUAUAAAAUAUAUAAAAUCUAUUUGAAAAUAUAUCUCAAAGAAACCACACGACAUUGUUUACAAUUUAGUAAGUGGCAUAAUGCCAUACACAUUUAUUUGGAUUGUAGACGGAUUGUUUCGAAAAAAUGCAAAUGCUUUUCGAGCCAAAAUUUCGUAGAAAAAGUAUGCUGUAAAAUUUGCUUCACUACUUUUGUCACUAAAACAGCUUGCAAAGGAUAAUUUAUACUCAUGAAAACGUUCGUCCAUUAAACUUAUUACAACAUGAACAUUCUAAUGUUUGGCCUUUUCCUUCAACAAUUGCAAAUUGGGAGGGCCUCUUUGAAGCCAGUUGUUAUCUUUACUUAACCCAUUAACCUCGCAUAGUUUUCAUUUAAUUAGUCACGUACAAAUUCAACAAUAACAAAAGGGGCUAGAAUCAAGAGAUAAUACUGCUAUUAAGGGAUACAUACACUCGUAUGUUCAGCAUUUUUAAAGACUUAUUUUAUUUUUAUUGUGAUGUCUAAGCUCUCCACAAGCGAAUCUAAAUGAGUGAAAACGGUGCACCCCCUUAAAUAUUCUAAGUUUAUUUUUAAUGUCAAUAUCGGAGAAAUAAAAAGAUAUGCUCAAAAUAAACUGUUUCGUAUUACAUUUUUUUCAUAAGGGAGUACCCCCAAUUAUCCUGCAAACAUUUUAAACAAAUUAGGUUUUAUUCUAAGGGAUGGGCGGGAGUAAAGAAAGUUACGCCCCAAUGUUACACGACCUCUUACGUCAAAUCCUGGAUCCGCCCCUGCUCUCCUGACAAAUUUAGCCUGUGUAUUCCAUUGAAUAGGCAGUUCGAAACCGCAUCAGUUGGUCUGUUAACUAUUAACCUUGGAUCUUAUUCUAGGGUCAUGAACAAUUUUAUAAUAGGUAAAUGGUUUUUCGUCAUAUUUUCAAAGCAAACUUUAGCCGAUAUGUAGCGCAUAAAUUAGUUGUUGAUUCUCAUGUCAGUAGUAUUCUACAGUAACACGUAUUAUCAUAACUUCUCGACAAAGCUUCAGAUCUUGGACCAGUAGUUUUUAGUAAUGCCCCCUUCAUGUAUCAGAACUAGAUUUAGUGUAUUUUUAUUUUGCACUAUGUCAACUCUCUGGUACCCUUAUUACUAGGCCAAACAUCACAUGAUAUUUAUGCAGAAUUUAUUAAAAUUAUUACUUCCGUCUUUGUUUGGACCAUGUGUGAAUGAAGGUUUUGUAUAGUAAAAUCGUAGGACAGCUCAAAACAUAAUAAUACAUAAUGAACACAAUCGAAACGUGAUGACCAGAGAUCCAUAUAUCAGGUAAGCGAUUAAGGGCUCUCUUGUUAACAUAUUUGUUUAAAGAAUAGUCGAGCAGUAUGGAAUGUUUUGUCGGGAAUAAAUUCGUGCUUGUUUAUCCAAGGAUAUGGUAGAAUGAGAUUGUCUGUGUAGCUAUUAAUGUCAUUGUUAUUGUUCGUGUAUCAUAGAUAACUUUGCAUUCAUCAUUCGCUUGGCAAAGGUAUUGUCGGGUAAUGUCCCUAACAAUUGUGCUUUCAAUUAAAAUAUCAAUGUCACAGUAGAGGUCAAUGUGGUCAAGCCAGUUUAUAUAAGCACUGUAUUUCAAAGUCAAAACUUUUUUAUCAAACUAAUCUUACAUACUUAAUUUUUACAGCAUCCUAGGAAACUGUUUUACAAAUACGGCUAAAAUUGCAAGAUCAUUAAUUUGGCAAUGAUAUGAGGAUUUUAUGGCAACAUUAUAAAGAUAUUAUGAUAUUUAGUAUUUGAUUAAAUAUUAUUAUAUUAUGAUAUACAUAUGACUUUCCAUCUGACAUGGCAUACGUUACGUCCCUGUGACAGUUCCUUUGUUUUUCAGCGAGCUGUAUUACGAAAGAAGUUGUCCUACUAGUUGCCAUUGUAAUUAUCGGAAUUAUUGUCCCGGUG